AAGAAAUUCAAAAUUAAAGCCUUCGCUUUCAAAGUUCUGAGCUUCAUCUUCUGCUUGAAGCGAGAGGAAAUUCAACUGAUCGAUCGAUCUCCAUUUCGAAAUCAAUGGAGGGGAGGAUGUACGAAUCUCAGCCGCAGCAUUUGUUGGAUUUGCACGACACCACUGGUUUCGGCGCGGACCCCAAGUCAUGGCUCUCCGGCGACGACCUCAGCCGCACCUUCUCCUCUCUCUCCGCCGCCGCAGCCGCCUCCUCCGCCACCGGAGGCGUCGAUCCGGUGCUCUUCAACGACCUCGUGGAGAUGGUCCCUCUCGUCCAGUCGCUAAUUGAUCAGAAAUCGAAUUCAUCGUUUACACGGCGGGGUUCUGUGGUCUACACAAAGAGGCCUUCUAGAGAAGCCCUCUAUAAAAAGAGUCUUCCUACAAAAAAACCCAGGGACCAGGGAGACAGGAAUGCAGCCAACAGCCAAGACACGGAAGACUUAUCAGUUUCCUCAAGGUCGAUGCUCUCUGAAAAGGAUAGAGAAGAACUGGUGGCAUUGAGGGACCAAGUAGAGGAUCUAAAGAGGCAGUUAUCAGAAAAAGAUGAACUUUUGGAAUCAGCGGAACAUGUAAAGAAUGAGAUGGCUUCAGUUCAGACCAAAUAUGAGGAACUUAAAAGUGAGGCUGCAGAAAAGGACUCACUACUUAAGUCCACUCAACUCCAGCUUUCUGAUGCAAAGGUUAAGCUUGCCGACAAACAAGCAGCUUUGGAGAAGUUACAAUGGGAGGCAAUGACUUCCAUCAAGAAAGUGGAGAGGCUCCAGGAAGAUUUAGACAAGGUGCAAGGGGAGAUAUCAUCUUUUAUGUUAUUAAUCGAAGGCUUGACAAGGAACGAUUCAGCCAUUUCUCCUGGAGACUAUGAGGUCGACUUCCUCUAUCCUAUUGAUCAGAAUCAUGAAAGUGAUGAUGAAAUGGAUAUGCAGGAACUGGAAGAUGCAAGGGCAGCUUAUAUCACUGCUGUGGCAGCUAUGAAAGAAUUGCGAAACGAAGAAUCUAUUUUGGCUGCCGCGAGAGCAAGGUUUCAUCUGCAGUCACUAGUGUCUCAACAAUCUUAAUAUAUCUAAAUGAGUGAUGAUAUUUAUAUUGAAUAUAUAUUUCAAGAAACUGUAUUGCUGUAUGUUGAGAUGGUACUGUAAUUGAACAGUACAUGGUUUUGUUAUUUUUUUCUCAAAUGAAGAAGUGAUUGUAAUAGCACACUUCUUCCACCUAUUUAUUAAGUUGGCAAUAUUUAAUAUCUUGACUAUUUCACUUUA